CUGUGAUUUCUCUUUCCUCCUCUCAGUGUGUGUGUGUGUGUGUGUGUGUACGCUAUUCACUGUGCUAGUUUGCCUUUGUCGUUGGGACCUCACAGUGUCUCUGAGCGCCUGUGUGUGUAUGUCUUUGUGAGUGUGUGUGUGUGUGCGCUUGCAUUUUUUAAAUACAACAAUGCUGCAUAACCCAUGGGUGGCUACUUACCUGAAACAUGUCAAGUUUUUUGAGCAAGGCAUCACAGUCGACAGAUCUGCGUCGUCUCUCCUCAAGAAAAGAUCACACAGUUUUGAUAUUGAUCGCCCUCCCACACAUAAGGCUGAACUAGUGAAGAGUGCCUCUGACAUCGAUGCCAACCUCCGAGCCGUCCUGCCCAAGGUUUCGGAACUACGGAAGCACUUUGAAACAACAAAGUCAAGUGAAUCAGAAAUGAACAGGAAAGAGCGCAUUGCUCGGAGAUUAGAGGGAAUCGAAGCAGAUGCCCCACCUGCUCUUGUUCCCAGCAUGCAACACGUCCCUGGGCUGGUGGCCAAUCGGCUGUUGGAGGAGGACACGCCCCGCUACAUGCGGGCGUCAGACCCAUGCGACCCAGGAAUUAUGGUGCGGCGUUACGCUGGCGAUGAGGGUUCCACUACAGACCGUCAGUCUCGUGCUCGGAACCGCGGGGAGCCUGCCGGUUCCUCUCAGGAAGGGUCUAUUCAGCAGGGGGCGCCCUCAGACGCGAUCCCAGCUCUGGUGGGGAGCACCAAGGCCGAGAGGAUAGCGCGGUACAAGGCAGAACGCCGCCGCCAGCUCUCGGAACGCUAUGGAAUCCUCCUGGACCAGGAGGCGGAGCCAGAACGCCAUCCUCGCCAGUCGCACUCACGCAGGGAGGGGAGGAGCCAAGCCCAGGAGGACGAGGAGGCGCGUAGCCGCGGCGAUGAGAGGAGUCGCCCGCAGUACAGCCAAUCGGGCGUGGGGCGUGUGUUCAUGCCGGCCAAUCCUGACCCUACCCCAGCGGAACCCCUCCCACCUGAGAGAGGAAGACGAGGCUCGUUCUCUGAGCGCGAGCGCGUGCUGAAUGUGGAGAACCACAGACGCGGAAGCCGCACGCGCCAGCCACCGCCAGAGGAUGCGCCCGUCGUCAUGGAGACAACACUGGGCAGAGGGGUGGUGGCGGUGCCCAGCUCUCCGCGCACGGCUAGGCGGGCAUCACUCCCCUCCACACGCCAGGGCAUCUCCCCCGGGGACCUGUUCAUAGAGCAGCAGGCGCAAAACAUCCUCAGCAGACAGGGCUUGGCGACUCUGUCCCAAAGCGACUGGAGUCUCGUUCAAGACUCCGACAGCAACACUCACUCCCACAUCAACUGGCCCUCCAGAAUCCGGUUCAGGGAGAGGCAGGCGAGAGACGAUCGGGGUUCAGAUGCCGGGUCGGAUCCCCCAGGCCCACGGCGACACCCUACAGUUAUCCCCACGUACCUGGCGCCCCGCGCCGAAUCUUACGGAAGUAGCCAGCGCUCCCCCAGCACCGAGCGCUCAAUCCACCAGCGUCCCCGAAGCGUAGAGCGCCCCAGCUUCCAGAGAACCCCCAGCUAUGAACCCCCAAACUAUCAGCGCACAGGCAGUGCUGAACCCCCAAACUAUCAACGCACAGGCAGUGCUGAACCUCCGAGAUACCAACACCAUCCUGCUGUUGAUAGUCCACACUACCAACAUACACCAAGCUAUGAACCCCUAAGCUACCAGCGCACGCCGAGCACUGAACCCCCCCACUACCAGCGAACCCCGAGCGCUGAACCCCCCCACUACCAGCGAACCCCGAGCGCUGAGCCGCCAGUUUACCAGCGCGGUGCCAACACCGAUCCCCCAGGCUACCCUGGCACCAUCGGGCACCCGCCGGUGUAUGGGCACCUCCCUGCUCAUCAUCGGGAUGCCCCUCCUCCCGUCCCGCACCCUGCUCCGCCUCCUGCCCCCUCCCACAGAGACCUGCAGAGACCCCCCUACGGUCACCACGACAACCAGCACCCCUCGCUGAGACCCGGGAAUGCUCCACAUCAGCUAUCUUUCAGCAUUGCUCACCCCGUGGAUCCACACUUCACCUCUUACAAACACCCUCCUGCCCAGGCUCACGGUCACACACCCCAACCCCCUGCUCAGGUUCCUAGUUACACAUCCCACCAUGGCCCACAGGCCUCGCUUCCACCGCACGCCCCCACAGAGCCCGCGGAACCUCAGGGCUACCCAUUUUCCUCCUCUGUGAGGCAUGUGGUGGGCCCGGGAGAGUUCCGGCACAGGACUAGCACAGACUACCAGACGAGAGAACCUCAACAACACAACUAUCAAAGGAGGGAGCUUCAGAAAGACCUUCAACACAGAGAACCACAAAGAGAAGACAACCAGAGGAGGGAACCUCAACGACAAGAUUAUCAAAUAAGGAAACCUCAACAACACGACUAUCAAAGAAGGGACUCUCAACAAGACGAUUACCACCGGAGGGAAUCUCAAAGAGAUCUUCGACAGCAAGAACCACAAAAAGAAGACUACCAAAGGAGGGAACUUCAACGAGACGUUUAUCAAAGGAGGGAGCCUCAACAAGAACCUCAACGACACAAUUAUGAAAGGAAGGAACCUCAACAAGUGGACUUUCAGAGAAGGGAACCUCAAAGAGCUGAGACCCAGAGAGAAGACCAUCAGAGGAGGGAUCACUAUGGGGGAGUGCCUCAAAGUGGCCUGGGUCAAAGAGGGGAGGACCAUCAGAGAAGAGAUGCCCACAGAGGGGACUAUCAAACAUGGGUACCCCACAGGGCAGAGCCACAGCGGAUGGAGGUCUCAAGGGGGGAUUUUCAGAUAGAAUCCUCAAGACCGGAACCUCAAAGAGCAGAACCCAAAAGGGGAGAGUCCAAGGAGUCCAAGGAGGGAGAACAUCAGAAAAGGGAAAUCCUGAGAGGGGAGCCCCAUACAGUGGGGCCUCCUCCUCAUGGAGAAACUCCGCAAGGAGAACCUCUGAGAGACCCCCAAAGAGGACAACCAGAGACAGGAGAAUCCCAGAGAGGAGAACUUCAGAGAAAACCCCUGAGAGGAGAACCUGAGACAGAACUUCAUAGAGGAGAACCUGAGACAAGAGAACAUAAGAGAGGAGAACCUCACAGAGGGGAAUGUCAUAGAGAACCACAAAGAGCAGAACCCCAGAGAGAACCUCAGGGAGGAGAACCUCAGAAAGCGGAACUGCAACAAGGGGUCCGAACUGACCAGCACACCGAGGGCCUGCUCCGGAGCAGGAAGGCCGUUCUCCCCUCUGAGAUCCGUCGUCGUGAGCGAAGCAGUGAUGAUCCCGCACGUUCCCAAGGAGAUGAACAGGGCAGUCCCAGGAUUGGCCAGUCCGAUGAGCUGGAGGGUCAAGGCAGGAGGAGGAUUAGCCAAUCAGAUGAGGGAGAAGGACAUGUUCGUAGGAGGAGGAUCAGCCAAUCAGAUGAGGGAGAAGGACAUGUUCGGAGGAGGAGGAUCAGCCAAUCGGAUGAAAAGGAGGCACCCGUAAGGAGGAGACGAAUCAGCCAGGAGGAUGGAGAAGCCCGUCGUGUGAGGACAGUGAGCCAAUCAGAGGAGGAAGGGCAAACCAGUCGCGUGAGGAGAAUCAGCCAGAAUCAGUCAGAAGAGGACUGGGAGAUGCGAGACCAUGGGCAACCACUGGGCAGUCAAGACAUCGCCGAUGAAACCCUAAUGGACACCACGCCCCCUCAACUCCAGCCAGCCAAUGAGGAGGACCGAAGUGUAGCUUCCCCUAGAAGCCCCGCCUCCCCGCCAGAGAGACCGCGGCGGUCUGGAGGGGAGCUCAAGCCCAAGAUCCGCAUGCGCUCCAUGUCUGACAUCGGGGUGACUCAACGCUCUGCCGUGUACCGAAGCCUGGAGCGAGCUGCCACCCGGGAGGCAGCUACGGUGGGGCCUGUUGCCAGGGAGACGGGCGGAGUGGCCAAUGGCGAGGUGGGAGGCCUGGACACGCGGGUCUCCGUAGCAAAGCUGAGACACUCGUACCUGGAGAACGCCUCCGGACGCCGACCCGAGCUUGAUGUGAAGGUGGACCCGGCGGCAGUGGUGGUUGCCGUGGCGGCGGAGGGCGAGAUGCCGAUGGCUGAUUGGGAGAGAGGCACUCGUCGCCCCCGCCGAUACAUCACCCCGGGAGACGACAGGAAGUCCUCAGAGAGGUUCCACACUCAGCCAAUCACCUCUGCCGAACGGCUGGAGUCCGACAGGUCCCGGUUGAGUCCUACUCAACUCCAGAACAAUGAAGCAGAUGAGGAGAAGUUGGAUGAGAGGGCAAAGAUGAGUGUGGCUGCAAAGAGGUCCCUCUUCAGGGAGUUGGAGCGGAGUGCGGAGGUCAUCCCGAAGCCUCGGUCUCGGAAUGCAGCCGUGGAGCGGCGUUUUCGCCGAGCCCUGGAGCGCUCCCACACCCAGCCCGUCACCCCACAGGAAGUGGUCAUCGCCACCACCCUACAAGCUGCUGCUUCAGCUCAUGGUUCGACCUCGAAGGAACAAGAGAAAGAGGCUCUGCCCAGAGAGGUGGUGCCUAGUGAGGAAGAGGCGGGACCAGAUGCGGAAGAGGCGGGGCCAGAUGAGCCUGACAUAUCGACUCUCAGCCUUGCUGAGAAGAUGGCGCUGUUCAACCGCAUAUCACAGGCUGGAGCCCGCCCCCCUGAUGCCAAAGCCCGCCGUGGACAAGCCCGCUUCCAGACUCAGCCAAUCACACAAGAGGAGGUGCUAAAGGAACUAGAGCAGGAAGUCCCACCCACUGCUGUCACAGAGCCCACCCCUGUAACUCUAGAGCAACCACAGGGAGAGCAAAUCAAGCUAGAGCCUCUUUCAGCAUCUCUGGUGCGCUCUGUUGCCGUGGCGAGCUCCCAGGCUUCUGUUGCCACGGUGCCCGCUGCAUCCACAGCGACUGCUGGCGAUGCCCACCUGGAGAAGCCACCACUGCCGCUGCACAGCCCGCCCCCUCAGCCAUCACCCAAUGAGAGACCCUAUGAGAGAGGAGGAGUCAGAUACUUCAGUCUGACUGACAGCGCUGACCACCAAUCCCCACCGCCCUCAGACCACGCCCACCAAUCAGGGCCCAGCAGAGUCGGGCAGCCCCAGCCCUCGGCCAAUGGGCAGUGGCGGGGUGGAGCCGGGGAGGAGGGAGGAUGGAGGUCCAAGCAGCCGCUGCUGGAGGGAGAAGAGCCGGGCGCACACACUCGUCCUGCUCCUCACACACACACGCACACACACACACACCCUGCCUCUCUGUCAGCCAGUAAGACAGAGCAGGAACGGGAGCUGCAAGUCCAGAGGGAGAGAGAAAGGGAGGAGGAAAGAGAGCGAGAGAGAGAGUGGGAGAGAAAGAGAGGACUGGACAGAGAGAAAGAGCGAGAGAGGGAGCUACAGAGGGAAGCCAGAGAGCAAGAGAGGGCCAGGGAGAGAGAGAGGGAACAAGAGCGAGCGAGGGAAAGAGAGAGAGAACGUGAACAAGAGAAGGAACGGGUGAGGGAGAACAGCGCAGUGUCAGAGCCACAGACACACACACACUCUCACCCUCACACACACACACACAGAGUCCAGCACGCGGACCGAGAGCCCAGCGACAGACACACUGGAGCAGAUGUGCUGCAGCCGAGCCCUUCAGGGAGGCCAGUGGCAGCGACGGCUCCUUACCUGCAGCAAAGCCCUCCGUACACACACCCUUACACACCUGCCUCACCUGCCACCCAGCCCUGCACACACAUACACCCUUACACACCUGCCUCACCUCCCACCCAACCCUGCACACACACACACCCUUACACACCUGCCUCACCUCAUACCCAGCCCUGCACACACACACACCCUUACACACCUGCCUCACCUGCCACCCAGCCCUGCACACACACACACCCUUACACACCUGCCUCACCUGCCACCCAGCCCUGCACACACACACAGCCGCAAGCCCAGCCAUACGUACACGGCCAACCUUAUGUGCAGACACACACACACACCCCCAGCCAGCCCCAGAGCCAGCCUUACAUAGACACACACACACCCCCCCAGACACAGCCCAGGCCUACAGCACACCCCCACACACUCGUCCCUCCUUUGCCCAAACCACAGACCUACCUACAGGCUCAGUCCCAGCCUUAUAGCCCCCCACCGCCACACACACACACACUCGCACUCACACACACACACACACACACUCCGCAGUAUGCACUCUCACACACACCCGUGAGGCAGUCCUACGGACCGGCACAGUCCACGCCUCUUACCCCCCCUUACACGCCGCCUCAAACGCAGGCACCCCCACCCCCCUACCCCAAACCACAAGCUCCUCUGUACUCACUACUGCCCCAAGUGCCCCAGCCACAACUGCCCCAGCCUCAAUUGUCCCAGCCCCAAUUGCCCCCGGCCCAGACUCAGCCCCCUCCGCCCACUUACCCUAAACCACAGGCCCCGCAAUACGGCCAACUGCCACCGGCCCAAACCCUGCCCCCACCCCCCACCUACCCCAAACCAGUGCCCCCUGCUGGGUAUCCUCAGCCGCCCCCAGCCCAGCCCCCAGUUGCCCCCAAGCAGCCCCCGGCGCCCCAGCCCAAGCCCCAGUCCUACGUGCUGCCACCCCCAGAGGACCUCCAGGGUGCCCCAGGGCCCAGCCAGGUGAGCCCCAAGCAGGCCAGGAUCGCCGCCACACAGGCCCCCCCUCCACCCAGCACCAGGGUCCCACAGCCUGCGUCUGCUGAGGACAUGAGCGCCUUAUCCAUCAAGGAGAGGUUGGCUCUCCUGAAGAAGAGUGGUGAGGAGGAUUGGAAGAACAGAAUCAAUAAGAAACAGGAAGUUGCUCAGGAAGUGGUAUCUGCUAGCGACGGCAAUGCCCAAAUAUGGCAGGAGCAAGGCUCCAGGAAGAAGGAAGAGAGGGCUGUUGUGAGGGAGGAGUUGACUUCCUCUGAGAAGUUCUGGGAACCAGUCUUUGCUGCCAUGUACUCUCCUCCUCCUGUUGAGCAGCAGUUCAAUCAGCCUGCAGGAGAUGAGAUGGGGGAGGGGAAGAUGUCGAUUGAGGAAAGGAAGCAGAUGAUCUGUACACGGGAGGAGGCGUGGCAAAGCACAGGCAGGGGCGUGGCCAAUGACUCCAGCCAAUACACAGUAGCUGCACGUAUGGUGAAGAAAGGUCUGGCUGCAUCGUCCUCCAUCAUCAGCCCCAUCCUGUCUCCUGUCUCGACCAAAUUCAAAGGCAGCAGCCCCACUGUCGGCAAACCCCAGGAAGAACUGGAGGCUCAGCCUGACAUGGAGUCUGAUAAGAAGUUGGACAAGUUGGAGGCUUUCAUUGGACGCAUCAACAGCAGAGUGUCAGAGCUCCAGGAGACGACCCUGACUGUCACAGAGCGAGCUGUAAAGGAAGUGAUGCGUCUGGAUGAUGAGGUCUUCUCCAAGUUCUACCGCCACGUUACUGAGCUGCCACGCUCACCAGGACGCAUUCAUAUCGAUGAUGAUUUUGAUGCCAUCUUUGGCAAGCAGACGCCAAAGCUGACCUCAGCGAUGGUGCAGCACAAGCGUGCGGUGCGUCCAUCCCGGAACGUCCAGUCGUCCAGGAACCCUCUGAGGAUGCUGGCGGCCCGCCAGGACAUUCGCCACGAAUACACCGAGCAGCGGCUCAACAUCGCACAGCUGGAGAGCAGGAGGAUGAAGCAGAAAACGGUCAGCAUGACUAAGAGCUGCAGCCUGUCGGACGCGGCGCUGGCUGGACUGGCCAGUAAGGAGAACUUCAGCAGCGUCAGCCUCCGUAGCGCCUCAGUCUCCGAGCAGCUCACCAACAACAGCGCUGCCCCAUACAGGAAGACCAUGCUACUGCACAUCAAAGGUCGGCGCCAUGUGCAGACGCGUUUGGUGGAGCCGCGUCGGUCAUCUCUGAACAGCGGAGACUGCUUCCUGCUCAUCACCUCUGAACUCUGCUGCGUCUGGAUCGGAGAAUUCUCCAAUGUCAUCGAAAGAGCCAAGGUGUCAGAGCUGGCCAACUUCAUCCAAACCAACCAUGACCUGGGUUGCCGAGCAACUGAGGUUGUCACCCUUGAGGAGGGGGUCAAUGCCCAGGGAGCAGUUGCUACGGAGUUCUGGAAGGUUCUGGGAGGAUUGGCCCCUUAUCAAUCUGCGGGCCCUGCAGAGGAGGAUGAGCUGUUUGAGAGCGCCAUCGUUGAGACCAACUGCAUCUUCAGGCUGGUGGAGGACAGACUGCUGCCUGAUGAUGAUUACUGGGGAAGAGUCCCUCACUGCGCCCUGCUCGACUCCAAAGAGGUGCUGGUGUUUGACUUUGGCAGUGAGGUGUACGUGUGGCAUGGCCGUGAGGUGACGCUGGCCCAGAGGAAGGUGGCCUUCCAGCUGGCCAAGCACCUGUGGAACGGAACCUUCGACUACACCAACUGUGACAUCAACCCCCUGGACCCUGGGGGCUGCAACAAACUCAUUCCCAGGAAGGGCCAGGGCCGGCCUGACUGGGCGAUUUUCGGCCGCCUCACGGAGCACAACGAGACGACUCUGUUUAAGGAGAAGUUCCAGGACUGGAGGGAGACCCACAGGGCCGACCCCGACCAGCCCAGCACAGAACAGGUUGAAGUGAGCGGUAAAGAGGCUGGCGUGGCUCCGUGUGCGUACGACGUGCGUCUAAUGCUCCCCCUGCUGCAGAGCCCCGUCAGCACACGACUAGAGGGCCAGGACAUCGGCCGUGGACAUGGACGCGUCCAGGGGGGAGAGGAGGAUGGGCUGCGUAGUCUGGAGGUGAGCACCACCAGUGUGGAGGCGUGGCACGUCCUGGAGUUCGACUACAGUCGUCUGCCCCGCCAGAGCGUCGGACAGUUCCACGAGGGGGACGCAUACGUGGUCAAGUGGAAGUACAUGGUCAGCGCCGCAGUGGGCAGUCGUCAGCGUCCGGAUCAGGUGCGCAGCGCCCCCGCUGGCCGAGAGAAGUGCUGCUACUUCUUCUGGCAGGGCAGGCACUCCUCAGUCAGCGAGAAGGGAACCUCGGCACUCAUGACCAUCCAACUAGAUGAGGAGAGGGGGCCACAGGUGCAGGUGCAGCAGGGUAAAGAGCCUCCAUGUUUCCUGCAGUGUUUUAACGGAGGGAUGGUGGUGCAUGCUGGGAAACGAGAGGAAGAGGAGGAGAACAUCCAGAAUGAGUGGCGGCUGUACUGUGUGCGUGGGGAGGUGCCGGUGGAGGGCCACCUGCUGGAGGUGGCUUGUCACUGCAGCUCCCUGCGCUCCCGCUCCUCCCUGGUGCUGCUGGGGAUCCAGCAGGCCCACAUCUACCUGUGGCACGGCUGCAAGGCCCAGACACACACACGCGCUGUCGCCCGCACCGCCGCUGAACGCAUCAAAGAACAACGACCACUGGAGGCGGGGCUUCAUAGCAGCUGUCAGGUGACCAUCCAUGAGUGUGAGGAGGGGGAGGAGCCUCUGGGCUUCUGGGAGGCUCUCGGACGGAAGGACCGCAAGGCCUACGACUGCAUGCUGCAGGACCCUGGGAAGUGUGACUUUACCCCGCGUGUGUUCCUGCUGAGCAGCUCGUCGGGGGAGUUUGUGGCGCGCGAGCUCUUCCACCCCUCCCAGGCCCCUGGCCUAGUCAGCUCCCAGCCCUGCCUUCAGGAGGACCUCUACUCUGCGCCCCAGCCAGCUCUGUUCCUGGUGGAUAACUUCCAUGAGGUGUACCUGUGGCAGGGCUGGUGGCCUCAGGACUCUGAGAGCCCUGGCUCCGCCCACAUCCGCUGGGAUGCAGAUAGGAAGUGCGCCAUGGAAACCGUGCUGCAGUACUGCCGAGCUAAGAGUGAGAAAGCUGCUGUCCCUAAGGCGUACCUGGUCCACGCUGGUCUGGAACCGCUGACCUUCACCAACAUGUUCCCCAGCUGGGAGCACCGCCAGGACAUCGCCCACAUCACAGAGAAGGAGGCAGAGGUGUGUAAUCAGAUCAUCCUGGUGGAGGACGUCCUUGCCCGCUUGUGCCAGAACACCUACCCUCUCUCUGCCCUGAAGACACGCCCCCUUCCCCAGGGAGUCGACCCCCUACGCCUGGAAAUCUACCUAUCAGAGGAGGACUUUGAGGAGGCCUUGGAUUUAAAGAGGGAGGAGUUUGAAGCUCUGCCUGGCUGGAAACAGGUCAACUUGAAGAAAGCCAAAGGACUCUUUUAGCAACCUGGCAACAAUUGCCAUGGAGACGUGACUGUAAAGCACUGGGUGGGGCCUGAGGCUGAUGAUGCCCAGAUGCCCCGCCCACCCAUCAAGAUGACUUCCUGUCACAAUGCCAUGCACGCACAGACAGAGCAGGCUGCUCCUGGAUUUAUUUACUAGAGAUUUUACAGAGUGUGUGACUGAGGGAGUGUGUGUGUGUGUGUGUGUGUGUGUGUGUGUGUGUCUGAGUGACCUUGAUUUGUGCUUGGCUCAGCUUCUGUGUGCUACUGGGAGUGAAAGUCGCAAUUGAAACACGCUUGUAACCAUCACACAUAUUUAUCCAGCCUGAUCAGCCUCUCACACUGGCCCCAGGGCAACCCUAUACAGCUGGCUGCAGACCUAGGGGCUAUGUUUCCAACCUGGCAACCCCGUACAGCUGGCGGCAGACCUAGCAACCCUAUACAGCUGGCUGCAGAUCUAGGGGCUAUGUUUCCAACCUGGCAACCCUGUACAGCUGGCUGCAGACCUAGGGGCUUUGUUUCCAACCUGGCAACCCUAUACAGCUGGCUGCAGACCUAGGGGCUAUGUUUCCAACUUGGCAACCCUGUCGCAAUGACUGCAGCCAUUGAUGGUGGUGUAUUUUUCCAUCCUGGCAACCCUGUAGCACUGGUUACAGCCAUUAAAGGGGGGUUAUUUUUCCAACCUGGCAACCCUGUUGCACUGGUUGCAGCCCUCGAGUGGAGUGUGUUUUUCAAACCUGGCACCCCUGCAACCCCCAAGGGGUGUGCAGACCGUCACUACCAGCCAGGAGGAAGCAUACAACUCCACUGUCUCAGUUAGCAUACAGCUCCACUGUUCCAAUGUCUCAGUUAGCCUACAGCUCCACUGUCUCAGUUAGCAUACAGCUCCACUGUUAGCAUACAGCUCCACUGCCUCAGUUAGCAUACAGCUCCCAGCUCCACUGUUAGCAUACAGCUCCACUGCCUCAGUUAGCCUACUGCUCCACUGUUAGCAUACAGCUUCAUUGUCUCAGUUAGCGUACUGCUCCACUGUUAGUGUACAGCUCCACUGUCUCAGUUAGCGUACAGCUCCACUGUCUCAGGUAGAGGAAGCGUACAGCUCUCUGUGUGUUAACCAAUCACAAUUAAAUGAAGUCUAGAGUUUUGUGAGUAUUAACCAAUCACCGUCGAAUGAAGUCUACAGUUCUGUGUGAAUUAACCAAUCACAUUUGAAGAGAGGCUCCGAUCUCCGCCCUGCUGGGAUGAACCUCUCACCCUGGCCCCCAAGGUCAGAGGUCAUGACCUCUGCCCCCUCUGACGCUGAGCGCAGUGCUGAGGUCACAUCCUGUGUGUUUUGGCGCUGAAGUGUAACUGUGUAAUACAACUAGAGGUGUCUAAGUGUGUGUCAGUGUGUCAGAGAGCAGGGCGCAGCUGCAGCACCAACACUGGAGACCCUCUUCCUCCUCUGCUUUACUUUACUCUCUCUGUCUCCAAACCAGUUUACAUGCAAGUGUGUGUCCUUUUUGCAAGUGUGUGUCCUUUUUUGUUGUGCACCUAACCGCCAGCUCUCCUAGACGAGGCCCCUGGUGCGGGUGUAGAGUGUUUUGAGUGGAGGAGGGUGUGAGUGGAGGAGGGUGUGGGUGUAGAGUGUUUUGGGUGGAGGAGGGUGUGAGUGGAGGAGGGUGCGGGUGUAGAGUGUUUUGGGUGGAGGUAAGAUGUCCUGUAUAGUGCCUUGCUCCGUGUACAGUUUAUAUACAGAAACACUCCUCUAGUCUAAGUCUGCAUUUCUCGGACUUUCUUUGUGAUAAAAUAGUGAUUAAAUAAAUAAACAAAUAAAUAAAUAAAGGAGGCAGUUUCAAACUUC